AUGGAUCAACUGAACGGCAGGGAACAACAAGAGUUCCAAAAAUUGGUGGAGCAGAAGCAAAUGAAGGAUUUCAUGCGUCUGUACUCCAACUUAGUCGAAAGAUGUUUCGCAGAUUGUGUAAAUGAUUUCACAUCUUCCAAAUUGACUAGCAGAGAGCAAAGCUGUAUCAUGAAGUGUUCCGAAAAGUUUCUAAAGCACAGUGAGCGUGUGGGACAGCGUUUCCAGGAACAAAACGCAGCUCUUGGCCAAGGUCUGGGCCGUUAG